CUCAACAAAAAAGUAUGAGGCAGCCAAGUAAAUGGCGUCUCAAGUUGUUUUUAUGCGAAUUCUAGUGUUUCUCUUUUACUGUGUAGUUUAAAAUGUACACGUCGAUCGUAACAGUUAUUUAGAUAUACGUGUUAUAAUCUUAUUGAAAAACAUUGUUUACUUCGUCGACGUUUCAUUCUUUCUACGAAACAAUGGCGUCGAAUGAACAUUUGGAAUCCCACGUAAAACUAAGUGAAAAUCGUAGUUUAUCUGAAGAUAAUAGUAACUCAAGUAGUGCUGAAGACGCCGGUGAAGGUGUUAAGCGUCGUAGAGUCAGUCACGAUUAUAAAAAACUGUGUAAACUGGGAUACGAUCCAAGUAUGUCAACUGAAUCCACACACGCAUCUAUUGAUUCUAAAGGUAAAAAACGUAAGCACGGCAAAGAUUCCCAAGAAGUUUGCGUUUGGGGAGAAAACUCUAAACCACCGAAAAUGAGCAAAAUAUGGCCAGUAUUUGAUUCCGGAGGAUAUGGAGACGCUGCUAUGUUAACGCUACAUGUCGUGCAGAAAUCACCAAACAUUGUCAACCCACUUCUUUUUCAUCAAGAUAAAGAUAACAGCUUACUAGAAAUCAAUCAAACACCAUUCAAGGAAGACUGGUUUGGUGGCAUCAACGCAUCAUGGACGCAGACAAGAUUGGACCAUACUAUACCUCGUGAUGACAUCACAAAACGCAUCUUUUCCUCAGUCUCCCGUCAGUUGAAGAUAAUCAAUGCCCACUUCCAGAAGUCAAUGCCAAGAUACAAGUACCCCAGAGUGACAAGGUCAAACAUCCUUCUAGAACAUACCAAUCACCGAAGACCAGCCACACACUUCAGUUUAGCUCUUAAAGCAAUCAAGUUCCAGCCAACACCGAGAAGAGAACUACCAUGUUAUGGUAACUUGGAACUACCUUUAAAGAUGAAACCGGAUAAAGCCUCAUCUUCACAAGUGUUUCCUGCAAUUUGUACUGGGAUCAAAAUGGACCCAGAUAAAGUUAAAAGUGAAGUGAUAGUGAAAGUUGAACAUGACAAAGUUAAAAUAGAAAGAGAAAGAGAGAAAGUGAAAGAAAAGGACAGAGAUAAAGACAGAUCCCACUCUUCGCGUCACUCAUCUUGCCAACAGUGCCGGAGACGCUCAAGAGUAAAGCGAUGUUCCAUCGGCGUGCAAUGCCGCCGGGAGAGAUCAGCACCAGUGUGGGGGCCUAGGGCACCCUGUGUGGAUAUCAAGGGACUUAAAUAUCAAAGGUUAAUGCGUGUGGAAACUCAUCCGAACGGUGGAGCAAGUGUCGUCUACUUGUACCAACAUGAUAUUGACAUGCUAAGCGAGAAUCAACAAGAGUCACUAGCAAAGGAGUUCCUUAAGCUGGUAUUCUCAGAGGACAGUGGAGGUUGGGCACAGUUUGUAUGUGGUGUGGUGCGGGGUGCAGCUGGCCGGCUGCCCUGUCUGCUGCAGUACCUUGCCGAGAGACAUCCCUCACUCACAGUUAAAGCGGGUGUACUGGCUCGAGCUUCUGAUAUUGAGACCACAACAAUAAGCAGAUAUUAUCAGCAGGUUCAACAGACGUACGCGGCUGGCACAUUCAGAUGCGGGCCGCUGCACCAGAUCUCCCUGGUGGGCACAGUACACGAAGAAGUCGGCGGAUACUUCCCCGACAUGCUGGCCAUGCUUGCAGAGUGUCCAUUCCUCAAACUGACAAUGCCUUGGGGACCUAUGGCAGCGGUGGAGAUGGAGCCCCAGGAGUCUAAUGAUGGCCCAAUCCUGUGGAUCAGGCCUGGAGAGCAACUUGUGCCAACAGCAGAGCUCGGCAAGAGCCCUAUCAAAAAGAGACGGACUGGUAUCAACGAGCUACGUAACUUACAAUAUUUGCCGCGCUGGAGCGAGGCGCGAGAGUUUCUGUUUGAAGACAGGACGCGAGCGCACGCGGAUCAUGUCGGACAUGGACUGGAUAGAAUCACUACUGCUGCUGUCGGUGUUUUGAAAGCGAUCCAUUGUGGUGACGAGGGUGACCGAGGUCGCAUCACGAAGGAUGUGGUGGCUUUCCAUGCAGCAGACUUCAACAAGCUGGUGCAGCUGCUGCAGCUGGAUCUAUACGAGCCUCCUAUAUCACAAUGCGUCACUUGGCUGGAGGAGGCGAAGUUGAACCAGUUACGUCGCGAGGGCGUGCGCUACUCGCGUCUGCCGCUCUGCUCCGACGACGUGUACUUCUUGCCGCGCAACAUCAUACACCAGUUCCGUACUGUCUCCGCUGUCACAUCAGUCGCGUGGCAUUUACGGUUGAAACAGUACUAUCCGUCGUCAGAAGCGUCUUCUCCGGCUGAGGAGCGACCAGCAGCAGAUCCCGUGCCUCAAAUCAAUACUGAACCUAAAAAGUCAUCAACAACGAAGCACAAAAGCGGUGUUAUAGAAAUGCGAGCAUUAAGUGCUAAAUACAAAGAUAAACCAACUUUAAAACUGACUGAUAGAAAAAGUACAGAAGUACAAAGUAAUAAACAUGUCGAAGAUAAGAAGGAAAAGAAGAGUGAGUCAAGACACGAGAGAUCUGACAGAACAGAACAGAAGACAUCGCAUAGACAUAGAGACACUGAUAAACAUAGAUCAGAAAAAUCUUCAGAUAAAUCAGAAAAAAUUGAAAUUAAAACUGAAAAAGAUAUCAAAGCAGCUGAAAAAUCUGAAACUAAAACAAACAAAUCUGAUAUCAAGACAGAGAAAGUCGAAGUUUUAGACAAAACUUCGAAACAGAUCGAGAAAUUAGAUGUAACAUUACCAGAUAAGGUAGUGGUUAAAUUGGAAAAUAGAUUAAAUGAUAAAGUGGACAGUAAAUGUACAGAUAUUAUAAUAAAUAAAACAGAAAAGUCAAUCGAAAAGGACACAACAAUUGAUAAGUCUGAGAAUAAAGAUAAAUUAAAUGUCAAAUUAGACAAAACCGAGAAUAAAUUGUCCGAGAAAUGUGACAAAAAAACUCAACAAGAAACAGAAAAGACAGAAAAGAUAGAUAAAAGUGAUAAAACAACAGAAAAGGAAAGUAGGUUAUCAGAUAAAUCAGACAGCAAAUUGUCCGAAAAGAUGGAUAGAACAUCAGAUAAACCUGAGAAAACUGAAAGUAGAUCAUCAGAAAAAUAUGACAAGUCAGACAGCAGACCAUCUGAAAAAUCCGAGAAGGCAGAUAGAUCGUCAGAAAAAUCUGAUAAGAUGGAAAGUAGAUCAUCAGAUAAAUCAGAAAAAUCUGAAAGUAGGUCAUCAGAAAGCAGAUCCUCAGACAAAGAAGAAAGUAAACCAGACAAAACAGAUAGAACUGAAAAACUUGACACAAAAGAUAAAUCUGACAAAGAAAGCCGGUCGAGCAAGUCGGAACACAGAAGACAUUCAUCAUCAAGAUCUCACCGAUCACAUCGAGAUCACAAAGACCGGUCACAUAAAGAACACAAGAAAGACCACAGGAGUGAAGACAGGAAAUGUUCGGACAGGCAUCGAGAUAGAGACAGUAAAGUUGAAGCUAAGCUUCUAAGUGCAAAGCUGCAAGAGAUUGUGCAUCGGCCACCCGAUUAGUGCUAAGUGUAGUGCUUAAGUGCAGGAUAACUUAGUGCAGUGCAACUUAGUGUUAUGUACGAGAUUGCAGCUAAAAACGGACAGGGGUAAGUCAAUUUAUAACAUCAAAGCCUUAUCGGCUUCAUUGUAGAUUGACAGUUAAAUAUUGUAAAGGUAUGAAAGUACAGUCAGAUACAAAAAGUAUACAUUUACAAAGUCCCAGAAAUAUGUAUACAUCCAAAUAUACAUCUGUCUGCCGCUGACUGUACUCUUGAAAGGACAAACCUUUUAUAUGUUUUCUAAUAUGCAUAACAAUGCAAAAUGUAAUUGAAAUCAAUUUUGUAAGGAUUCAUUUAUUAAUUUAAUCAGUAAACUUGACAUCAAUUUGUACACAGAGGUCCAGAAAUGUCGUGAACAAUGAUAAGCUAUAUAAAUCUAUACUUAAAUAUGAUGAUUUAACCAAAUAGAUGAAUAAUUUCUUGUAUAAUAAUUUCCACAAGCUCCCAAAAUAAGUAAGUUUUGAUAUAAGUUGGUUUAAAUCAUCAUAUUUUCAAUGUAACUGAAAUUUUUCAUUGUACACGAUAUUUCGGACAUCCUGUAUUAUGUUUGUAUAUUUGUUGGCAAAAUUCGAACUUAUACCGUCUAAAAGUCUACAAUAUUAAUGUCCACACAGCUCGUACGUUGCCCUUAAAAUUCGUACCAUAGAGUAAAUUCCUUGUAAAUAGAUAGAGUUAGGUGUCUCGUAGAGGCUACGCGAGAUUGAAGGUUGUAAGCGCAGUUUUAGAUUACGUCCAGAGUUAAUUUAAAGAAAAUAAUAUUAUUUUGUUUAUUCUCUAUUAUUCUAAUACAUAUAUUGGGAUUAGGAAAGUUUGAUUUGUCAUUGUUGUCCGGCAAAAAACUUGUCAUUGCUGUAUAAAUCUGUGAAAAUGAGUGUUUGGUAUUUGAAAAAAAAAAGAGCAAAAUCUGUAAAUAUGCCAGUAAAAAACUUUACAAUGUUGACGGAUUUAAU